AUGGCAAGGCGUCCCAAAGGAAGAAAUCAAACUUUAUCUCCAAAAUCUAAGAUGCAAGUGGUGUGUGGUGGAAAAAGGAUGAGAAUAUCGAAAGAAUCCUUAUAUCUUACUUUGGGGAUAUUUUUUCUUCAGCUGGUUCAGCAGGAAGCUUGGGUUGGUGAUAUCAAGGAAGCGUUAAAGCAGAUGCAACCUCUAAAAGCCCCUAGUCUGAAUAGCAUUUUGACUUUCUUUUAUCAGAAGUAUUGGCAUAUUGGGGGGAAAGAAGUGGAGUCUUUGGUCCUGGAUAUUUUGAACAAUGGUAAAAGCUCUGAGAGCCUGAACAAAAUUUUCAUCUAUCUUAUACUAAAGUGUAAAACCCCUCGCAAUCCCAUAGAGUUCAGACCCAUAAGUCUCUGCAAUGUUGUUAUGAAGAUCGUUACUAAAUGUCUCGUUAAUAGGCCGAAGUCGUUGCUUCCGUUUUUGGUGGAUGAAGAGUAA